CAGUCAAUUUUACUCUCGAGGAAGGCUGUCGUAUUAUUUGGAAGGAUACCAUGCACCUGCCGUCAUCAUUUAUUAAACGUCUACCACAUUCUCCAAUUAAACCUCUAUUCCCACAUUCGACCUAGAUCAUGUGGAAAAACGCUCUCCGCCGGAACGCUUUCUCAGCCAUAUUCAUGAUGGUGAUGGCAUCCACGGUGAGGGCCGACGAGGAUCCCAUAAAGUGCACGACCUGCCUCCAGAGCCCCCCGCCCCCAUCUCCUCCACCUCCAUCUCUGCCUUCUCCUCCACCUCCAUCUCCGCCGCCCCCUCCACCUCAGUUGUGUCCGCCGCCGCCUCUUCCACCUCAAUUGUGUCCGCCCCCGCCACCUCUGUCACCGCCUCUGCCGCCUCCGCCGCCAACUUCCUUAAACUACAUAACGGGCCCACCCGGAAAUCUUUAUCCCGUUGACCAGGGAUUCGAGGGCUCCGCGGGAAAAAUUACAGCGUCGGUGAAGCUCUUGGGUCUACUCGCCUUUAGUUUCCUCGCUUUGUUUAAUAGUUUUUGACGUGGAAAUAACAUAUAUUGUCUUUUGCUAUUUUUGCUGUCGAUCCUCCAUAUUCUCCCCAUUUUCCCAUAUUCCGUUCGACUUUAGCGGGUACGUUAUGAUUUCGGCACCAUGUUUAGUUAUGCCCCAAAACAUUGAAGAUUUAAUGUUUCUCUAGCUAGCUAGCUAGGAAGAUCUGCACUUCAUCUCAUAUACUUCGAUGUAUUGUGCCCGAUAUUUCUUAUGAUUUCUACUCCAUAUAUGAUAUUCCACUUUUAGGGUUAUAUGUGUUAACCCGGAUUUCGAUCA